AUGGCGGAAGAUAAAGACAAGGAAGGAGUUAGCACUAGCACAAAAAAAAACAAAGAAGCAUUUGAAGUGUUUGACCAUGAGUCCAAUAAUACAGUGGAUGUGAGAGAAAUUGGGACAAUUAUCAGGUCAUUAGGAUGCUGCCCUAGUGAAGGAGAGCUACAUGAUUUGCUUGCAGAGGAGGGAUGUGAAGUUUGGUGUAUGUCUGUUAGUCUUCCCCUUUCAAAGAGAUUUGUAGAAGAAUUAGAACCCACUGGAUAUAUUAGAUAUGAAAAAUUUCUUCCAGUGAUGACCAAAGUACUUCUGGAAAGAAGGUACAGACCAAUUCCAGAAGAUGUCCUUCUUCAAGCUUUUGAGGUUUUAGAUUCUGCUAAAUGUGGGUUUCUUACUAAGGAAGAACUCAUCAAACAUAUGACUGAAGAAGGUGACCCUAUCUCCCAAGAAGAAAUGGAAGAAAUGUUGUCUGCUGCAAUCCAUCCACACUCAAAUUCAAUUAAUUACAAGGAGUAUAUAACAAUGAUGUUGAUAGAUGAAAAUUAA